AUGCCGCCGGGUUCAUUCACGACUUGGACGGGGUUACAUAAAGGUUUUCUAGAGAAGUUCUUUCCGGCAUCAAGGAUAGGGUCAAUUAGGAAAGAAAUUUGUGGAAUUAAGCAGCUGGUAGGUGAAUCAUUAUAUGAGUAUUGGGAAAGAUUUAAACGGUUAUGUGCAAGUUGUCCACAGCAUCAGAUUAGUGAACAGCUUUUAGUGCAAUACUUUUAUGAGGGGUUGACGCCACAAGAUCGAAGAAUGAUUGAUGCAGCAAGUGGAAGUGCACUAGUUGAUAAAACACCUGAGCAAGCCCGAAAUUUAAUUGCUAAUAUGGCACAAAUACUCAGCAAUUCGGUCUCAGGAGGACAUACCAUAGAUAUGUGUCCGACAUUACAGGAAGGAGAAGCUAAUGCCGUUUUUCCAAAUCAGAGAAGUAUCUACGACGGAGUACAAUUAGGUUCAUUAAAAGAAACAGGACUAAUAAUUCAACUUGCGGAUAGGAGUAAUGCCUACCCUGAUGGCGUCUUAGAAGAUGUUCUAGUGCAAGUAAAUGAGUUAGUCUUUCUAGCCGAUUUCUAUGGUUUAGACAUGGGACCUAAUGAUAAUUCGAUUGAUGUACCCUUACUUUUAGGUAGACCUUUCCUUAAGACCGCUAGAACGAAAAUUGAUGUACAUAAAGGGAAUUUAACUAUGGAAUUUGAUGGUGAGAUAAUAAAAUUUAAUAUAUUUGAUGCUAUGAGAUAUCCCACUGAUAUUAACUCUGUGUUUGCCCUUGACGUAAUUGAUAAAUUUGUUCAAGAUGUUUAUGAAUUAGGAGAGGAUGACGAGUUAAAAAGUGUUCUAGCUAAGAGCAUUUUUUAUAUCGAUGAGCAUGAAUUUAUCAUUUCUGAUUCUUUGAUUAAUUCAGUUUGUGCAUUAGCCUCGCCUCAAUUGACACGUUUCAAGCCAAUUUUCCCUAGCCUUACGGUGACUGAUAAACAAAUUCCCUCACUGAUUUCACCACCUAAAUUGGAGUUAAAAGAGCUGCCCGAAAAUUUAAAGUACAUCUUUUUAGGUGAAAAUCGAACCUUGCCAUUAAUAGUGUCGAAUGCCUUAACCGAAAUCCAAGAAUCCAAGCUGCUUAGAGUUCUUACGGAGCAUAAAGAAGCCUUCGGUUGGACACUAGCUGAUAUUAGGGGGCUUAGUACGACUUUAUGUACACACAAGAUAGCCUUAGAACCAAACUCAGUCCCUAAAAGAGACCCCCAACGCCGAUUGAAUCCACCGAUGAUGGAGGUUAUUUACAGGUACCCAUCGCACCUGAGGAUCAAGAGAAGACCACUUUCACUUGCCCAUUUGGAACUUAUGCCUUCAAGAGAAUGCCUUUCGGAUUGUGCAAUGCACCAGCCACGUUCCAACGAGUGUUUGCAUCAUUUUGUGUUAGUGCUUAGGCGUUGCAUUGAGACUAAUCUGAUAUUGAAUUUUGAGAAAUGUCAUCUCAUGGUUAAGAAAGGUGUAGUGUUGGGGCAUGUCGUCUCAGCUAAAGGUUUAGAAGUCGACCAAGACAAAGUUGAGGUGAUUAAAAAUUUACCUUAUCCGAGUAAGGAUGUCACAUUCGAAUUUAAUGAAAAUUGUAAAAAAUCUUUUGAUGAAUUGAAACAAAACUUGAUCACGGCACCUAUCAUUCAAGGACCAAAUUAUGCAUUACCUUUCGAGAUUCUAUGUGAUGCUAGUGAUAAGGCUAUUGGUGCGGCAUUAGGACAAAGAAAUGGUAGGCAGUCUUAUAUUAUUAGGUAUGCUAGUGAGCUAUUAAACCCAGCUCAGUGCAAUUACACCACAACUGAGAAAGAACUCUAUGCCAUAGUCUUUGCCUUAAAAAAAUUUAGAGCGUAUUUGCUAGGAGUCAAAAUCGUGGUAUUUUCUGACCAUAGUGCUCUUAAAUAUUUGUUGCAUAAAAAAGAAGCCAAGCCUAGAUUGAUUAGGUGGAUUUUGUUGUUGCAAGAAUUCGACUUAGAAAUUAAAGAUAAGAAGGGUAAAGAGAACCUUGUUGCUGAUCAUUUGAGUAGGAUAAAGACUGGAGUUUUAAGGAAUGAGCCGAGCGACUUAUUUCCCGAUGAGAGACUUUAUAGUAUGUCUUGUGUUUUGCCAUGGUAUGCUGACAUAGUGAACUACUUAGUGACUAAAGAGUUUACCACGAAUGCACCUAGGCAUUUGAGAGAAAAAAUUAGAAGUCAAGCCCGAUUUUACUUAUGGGAAGAGCCAUACCUUUGGCGAUUUUGUAGUGACCAAAUAAUUAGGCGUUGUGUCGAUGAUAGUGAGAUAGGAUCGGUGCUUAAUUUUUGUCAUUCUCGAGAAGGUGGGAGACAUUUUGGGCCUAAGAGAACAGCUCAUAAGAUACUUGAGUGGGUUAUUUUGGCUGACUAUUCAUAA